UAUAAACCAUUUGCCCAAGCAACUUCUGUUCUCUCAAAUCAAAUAUCUUUUGGAGCAGCUGCCACAAUUGACAUGUUUUGAAAAGUGAACCACAUUUAUUAGGAAAUAAAUUUUUGAUGUAUAAUGUUUUCGGAUCCACAACAAUUGGUGGACAUGUGGUCACCGCUACCCAUCUCAUGGGAGUCCACUGCGAUUACAAGGCGAUGCAGUCAGAUGAUGAAAGGGAAGUGAGGAGAUCUAUUGUCCGAUAUAAUCCCCUGAGCGAGGAGUCGGAGUGUGGCGAGGGCAGCGAAUGGGCGGAUGGUAUCGAGGCAGAAUCCGCUCAGCCUCCCGUGUGCCUGUCCGAGAAACCAUACAACAGCCUGGAAGAGCGUUCACUGCACUCGCUGGGCUACGCAUCGCUCGACGAGUGGCCAGAGACGGAGGGAACUCAAGUGAGAGUAGAUAAGCCGCCGCUCUACGAUUUGCUGAUGACGCUCGUGAGAAAGCAUCUAAAAACAAAUACCACGGUUACCAUAGGCGAGAGCUGCCUGCACGCUCACCUCAUCGUGCUGCAGUGCUACUCGGGUCUCUUCUGCGAUAUCGGCAGCAACACGCUGAACGUGGAUCUGCCCGCAGAUUGGGUGACGCCGCGUGCCUUGCGCCUCAUAUACGAGUGGAUGAUUGUGGAUGGCCCGCUGUUAUCACGACUCGGCUUGCUGGAGGUGCUACGUGCCGCCAGCUUUCUGCGGAUAGUGCAGCUGGAGAGGCAGUGCGAUCAUUGCCUGGCGCACGCCAUCACCGAGGAGUCGGCGGUGAUGCUCUACCUGGAGGCACGACUCUUGCGCAUGGAACGUGCCCAUCGCUCGCAGCUGCAGCGUGUGGGUCGCUUCUUCCUGACUCUUGUCGCCUCGCAGGAGUUCCUGCAGCUGCCCCUGCGCGCCCUUCUGCUACUCCUAAGCUCGAACGGCAUUUGUGUCAACUCCGAGCUGGAGGUCUUCAUGUCCGCCGUGCGCUGGCUCAACUUCGAUUGGCCCAAGCGGCGACUGAAUGUCACUCAGCUGAUUGCCUGCGUACGCUUUGCUCUGGUGCCCCCCUGGCUGCUCAUCCGCCUGCACGAUCGGCAGUGCCAGUACGUUGAGCUAAAGCGCAUUAUCUCGCUGCCGGAAGUGCUGCAGCGCCUGCACGACGGCAUUGGCUAUACGACGACUCGACUCUGCUAUGGCGCCGAUCGGGAUGCCUUUCUGCAGCAUCUGGAACGCACUGGCAUGCAGCCCCCACAGCAGCGCAGCUGGAUCUAUGACGGCCAGUGCUGCUAUCAUCAUCGACUGCACUGCCACAUCGCCGAAGAGUUCACCUACGACACCUUCCUCAACUACCUCAACUGGCUGCAGACGCAGCAUAUGAACUACUGGCAAACCCUGGAGCCAGUCGACGCCUCAGAGUUGUGCCUCAGCUGUCAAAAAGAGCAAACAAAGAGCAUUCAGAGUUAAGAUUCACAUAUUCUA